AUGGGAAAGACAGAGCCACCCUGUCCAGGGGCGCAGCUCCCCCAGAACCUGUCAAAGCACUUUAAGAGCCGAGGAAAACGUCUCCAGUUUUACAGGCUAGUCCCUAGCUGCAUUUCAACAUACCCUACUCUGAGAAGAUUGAGAGGCACUGGCUGGGAGGUUUCACACUCAGGGCUUCAGCAAAACACCUUGACCUUGUCCACCAGGAAAAGCUGGAAGGGUCCCAAGACUCCUGAGAGUCUAUCUAGAAGUCCAAAGGCUACUUCUCACUUACUAUCACCCUUGAGACCCAAAACAAGGUGACCUUCAAACGCUAAAGGAAACAUCAGUGCAGCCAACACCAUCUGGCCACUAACAAAGCCCACUGAUGAAGAGGCCCUUCCUGCCUCUCAGCCCAUGAGUAAGGUGUCCCUCCAUCAGGCCUCUUCUCCCAGGGAGGAAGGAACCACACUGCCCAGCCUUAUAUUACAAUACAUAGGUUCUCGGAUAAAGCCUCUGGUUUAA